CAAAAAAGGUUUAUUUUAUUCACCGCCGCUCGGAAUUUCGGGCCGAGCCGGAAAUAGUAAUCCAGGCUCAAAACAAUCCGAAAAUAAUCUUUCUUUUGGAUUCCGUUUUGACUGAAAUUCAGGGGGGUGAAGCAGUAGAAAAAGUAUUAGUUAGUAAUUUAGCAAAUAAUGAAAAAAGCGAAUUAUUAGUUAAGGCGGUUUUUCCCUGUAUUGGCCUUGCUCCGUUCAGCAGCUUCGCUCAUGAAUUAGGUGUUUGCGACCGAGAAAAUUAUGUCGCCAUUAAAGAUGAUUGUUCGACAGCAGUUUCAGGCUUGUUUGCUGCCGGAGACGUGGCUCGAGCAACCCCCAACAAAAUCAAGCAAAUUGUGACGGCCGUUGCCGAGGGAGCCAUUGCUGCGCAGUCAGGCACGCUUGAACCUUUCACUCCCAUUACUCCGGUAUUUCCGGGCCGAGAACCCACAGUUAUCGGUGAUGAUACCUUAGAAGGGGAAUUAAAAAUAGAGGAUUAUCCUAAUUUGGAAACAAUUAGUUUAUUAAGAACGGGGGGAAUAACUAAAUUAACUAUUGAAAAUUGCCCUAAAUUAGAAGUGUUAAAUGUCGCUGGUAAUAAAAUCACCCAAAUAAUUGGUCUGGAAAACUGCCCGAAAUUAAAAAUACUGAAUAUUUGUGCUAACGAAAUUGCGGAAGUUGAUGUGAGUAAGAAUGUUGCUCUCCAAGCACUUGUGAAAAUGGCACCAAUUUGCCGCUACUGCCGCAACUGGGAGCCGCCAUUGACGGAGGAACUGGGGGAGAAAGCAAGCAAGCCUGAGAAAUAUUCAGGAGUUAAAGAUGACGACGAGAAAGUCCAUUAUCUUGUCCAAUUAUCUCAUAGUAUAAAAAAAGCCAUUGAUAAAUUAAAAUCUCUGGGAAUGAAUGUUGAUAAGGCAGAAGAGGACAAAAACGAACCGACCGGAAUGGCAUUUUUCAGCGAGCCAAAAACGAUACGGGGUUAUAAAAGCCGAUUAGCCCAAAUGUCUAAUUCUACUUUGCGGGGUUUAAUUGCCGAGCAGAAAGAGGGAAAGGAGCCAGGUGAUAUUGAAAAAACAGGACAAGAGGUGAUGAACAUCGUUGGUAGGGAUGAUUUUCCUGAAAAUAUUGUCAACACACAAGAGAUAUUGGCUGAAAACAAGCGACGAGCCGAAGUUCUAACCCAGGCUCGCAAUAAGUUAAAAGAUAAUUUGGGAAUUGAUAUUUAUGCC